AUGGCAGGGGACAACUUCACAGUUGUGACUGAAUUCAUUCUCCUGGGAUUUUCUGAUCUUCCCAAACUCCAAGGUAUUCUGUUUGGGAUUUUCUUUGUCAUUUACAUGAGUAUAAUAUUAGGAAAUGGCCUCCUCAUUGUCAUCACCAAGAUUGACUCAGGUCUCCAAACCCCUAUGUAUUUUUUCCUUGGGAACUUUUCUUUCUUGGAAAUCUGUUACACAUCAGUCACUAUCCCCAGAAUGUUGGCAGAUCUCUGGACUCAGAAGAAAACUAUUUCAUUCUUAGCCUGUGCUGUACAAACAUUCUUCCUUUAUAUUCUUGGUAGUGCUGAAUGCUUACUCUUAGCUGUGAUGGCUUAUGAUCGUUACGUGGCCAUAUGUAAACCUCUCUACUACCCUCUCAUCAUGAAUCACAAGUUAUGUGUCCAACUGGUUGUGUCUUCCUGGCUGAUCGGUAUCCCAAUACUAUUUGUAGAGACAUACCAGGUAUUUCAUCUGCACUUUUGUGGGCCAAACAAGCUGAAUCAUAUUUUCUGUGAUGCCCCACCAUUACUGGAGUUAGCCUGUGGAGACACACAUAAGACAGAGAUCUUUGUUGCUGUUCCUGCUCUGCUAUUAAUUCUAAUUCCAUUUCUAUUGAUACUUGCAUCCUAUAUUAAAAUUAUCACCACUAUUUUGAAGUUGCCUUCAAACUCUGGGAGGAUUAAAGCUUUCUCUACAUGCUUUUCUCACCUCACGGUUGUGGGCUUAUUCUAUGGGUCAGCAAGCAUUGUGUAUUUGCAGCCCAAGUCCUCAGGAGAAUCUGUAAAAAUUUUUGCUCUUGUCUAUACCACUGUGACUCCAAUGUUUAACCCUCUAAUAUAUAGUCUGAGAAAUAAAGAUGUCAUUGCUGCACUGAGAAAACUACUUCCUAAGUGA